AUGCCUAAGCUAAGCCUACUAAACUUAAGCCUAAGACUAAGAAGUCUAGGCCUGCUAAGUCUAAGCUUAAUAAGCCUAAGCCUCCUAAGUCUAAGCAUACUAAGCCUAAGCCUACUAAGCCUAAGCCUACUAAGCCUAAGCCUACUAAGCCUAAGCCUACUAAGCUUAAGUCUACUAAGCGUAAGUUAAAGCCUAAAAAGGCUAAGUUUAAGCCUAAGCUUUAAAAGUCUAAAGAUAAGCUUAAGCGUAAGUCUUGUCCGGCUAAGUUAAAGCCUACUAAACCACAACUGGGGUGAAGCUUUAAGAAAGCUAAUCUAUUUUGUUCACAAAGAAAAAGCAAUAAAAUAUGUCGUAUUUGUUAUGACAUCCGGUCACUGAGCAAUAAAUCAUGACAGUAAAAGUAACAAAUUUAUUGUCACAAUUUCCCGUAAUUAAAUUCGUAAAAACAAGCGGUUUCAGUGACUUUUACUUGAGGUAUUAUUCUAGAUUGUCAUGUUAGAACGACUUUCUGCUGUGUAAAGAAAGUUUUUGCCAUUUCUUGUGCUGUAAAGAAAGUUCUUGUCGUUUUUUAGUUUGUAAAGAAAGUUCUUGCCAUUUUUUGUUUUGUAAAGAAAGUUUUUGCUAUUAUUUGUUUUGUAAAGAAAGUUUUUACCAUUUUUAUAGUGUAAAAUACGACAUCUUUUUGCUUUUAGUAUUUUUUGAUUUUUGCAGCCUGCGGGUGACAUGUUAUACGACGCUUAUACAAUGCGCGAAUUCAAAAUUUAAAAUAAAUUUUUAAAAAUUAAAAUUUUAUUAUUUUCAGGUGCUUUUAUUUUUUUUUAAAUACGUGUAAAAAUCGGGUUUUCAAGACGGCGUGGUUACAACAAACGCGAAGGGCCGUUCAAUCGGCCAUCUCCACCGACUCCGACCACAAUUCAUCGACGAUUCCGGAAGGGGUUGUUCAGGUAACUUUUGAGUUUAAAAUUACAAUAUUUAAGGAUAGUAUGAGUACCUAGGUAGGUUUAGUAGGUAUAGGCUUAGUUUUUGCCAUUUUUUGUUUUGUAAAGAAAGUUCUUGCCAUUUUUUGUUUUGUAAAGAAGGUUCUUGUCUUUUUGCUUUGGAAAGAAAGUUUUUGCAAGUUAUUGUUUUGUAAAGAAAGUUCUUGACAUUUUUAAUUUUGUAAAGAAAGUUCUUGCCAUUUUUUGUUUUGUAAAGAAAGUUUUUGCCAUUUUUUUCAAACAUGUUGCGCUGACGAAGAAGCAGUAAAAUUGCCGUACUCGCAGUUAUUUUUUGGGUCGUUUUACAUCGAGGCAAAUAUUACCAAAGUAAGCAAUAUUACAUAAGAAAAAGUUGCGUAAUACGCUUUCUUGCAAUUUACCUAAAGCUAUGUUGUUAGAUUUGCAUUAUGUAUUAUUAUGUAAUACUAAAGUAAUAAAACAGAUAUCUUUCAGUCGAUCAGUGGUAAACGGUUAUUUAUCCAACAAAAAGCUGGCACGUUACGAACCCAACGCCGUUCCAGUAGCCAAAGCCAAAAGUCAAACUGUUUGCUCAAUGAAUCCGCCAAUCCUUCAUGCUACGUGGAGAACAUUCCAUCAACUUCACAACAAGCAGUAAGUGGCGUUUAUUAG